GCAGAGUCCAGGCACCGAGCCAUAGAGCAAGCCCCUCGAGAUUUCCUCUUUCUUGGCUCUUUCUUGCUCCAACUUCGCCCCGAGAUUCACGGCUGCUGGUAUAAAGAUAGGCAGGCAGGCCGUCUCGACCGUCUCCGGACCGCAACGAGACCACCUCCCAUAUCUUUCCGUUCUAUCGCUCUCCUCCGUCUUCCUUGAGCCUGCUCCUUGAGCCGGACCAUAACAACAGACUAGAUUGAAGUCCAGAUCCAGAUCCAAUCUCAGUUUCAGACUCGGUCUACAAUGGCAGACGCAGAUGCGCCCCAGUGUUCUGGCGCCAUUGACGCAUGGGACCCCGAAUUCGGCAGCGUCGGCCUGCGUGUCGGCGCUCUCUUUAUCAUCAUGGCCAGCUCGGCAUUCAUGACGCUCUUUCCCGUCGUCACGCGCCGGACCCGAAUGGCCAUUCCGCCGUGGGCAUUUGACUUCUGCAAGUUCUUUGGCUCGGGCGUCAUUAUUGCCACGGCCUUUAUCCACCUCCUCGCCCCCGCGGCGAGCGACGAAGAGCUGGGCAGCCCGUGCCUCAGCGAGAGCUUCCAAAACUACGACUUUGCGUUUGCAUUUGCCAUGAUCUCUUCCUUUGCCACAUUUGUCGUCGAGCUCGUCGCCUUCCGUGUCGGCGCCAACCUGGCAAAGUCGCUGGCGUACGACCCGCACAUGGGUGGCCACCACCACGCAGCCGAGCACGGCAAUCCGCCCCGCGGCAGCAUGGCGCGAACCAACGACGAAACGGCGUCGGACGAUGCGCCUAAGGACGCGGCCGCAAAGGACAAGGACAGCACCGACCUUGAGGCCGUCGCGCAGCUGGACAAGGACCAGCAGGGUCUCUCGGCCGCCGCGUCGCAGAUUCUCGGUGUCGGUGUCCUCGAAUUCGGUGUCAUCUUCCACUCGGUCAUCAUUGGCAUUACGCUUGGCACGACACAGGACGAGUUCAAGAUCCUGUUCAUCGUCAUCAUCUUCCACCAGAUGUUCGAGGGUCUUGGUCUGGGCUCGCGUCUGGCGCUGCUGCCCCUGGCUCCCGGCAGCAAGAUUCCCUUCAUCGGCGCGAUUGCCUACGCCCUCGUGACGCCCAUCGGCAUGGCCAUUGGCCUCGGCGUGCGCAACACCUACAACGGCGACUCGGCCACCGCUGCCUAUGUCACGGGCAUCUUUGACGCCUUCUCGGCCGGCAUCCUCCUCUACACGGGCUUCGUCGAGCUCCUUGCCCACGAGUUCAUUUUCAACGAAAAGAUGCGCACGGCCCCGCUGGCAAAGGUGCUCCUCAACGUCGUCGAGAUGCUCGCUGGCGCGGGCAUCAUGGCCCUCCUCGGCCGGUGGGCAUAGUGUGCAUGCCUCACACUCUUCCAGCCUUGACACUUUCUUCACUUUUUCUCUUCCACGGGGGACUUCAUGUAGACGAGACGUGUACGAUUAACGAGAGCGCUUUGUGCCAUACAUCAAAAUCUUAUCAUUCAUCCUU